ACCACACGUGUCUCUGGCCCCCAGACAGAUCUGUGACCCAGCCCCACCCAGCUGAUGAGCCUGCCCACCAUGGCAAGCCCCACUCUGAGCCCUGACUCCUCGUCCCAGGAGGCCCUGUCGGCCCCCACCUGCUCCCCGACCUCGGACUCCGAGAACCUCAGCCCCGAUGAGCUGGAGCUGCUGGCCAAACUCGAAGAGCAGAACCGGCUCCUGGAGGCCGACUCCAAGUCCAUGCGCUCCAUGAACGGCUCCCGGCGCAACAGCGGCUCCUCGCUGGUGUCCAGCUCCUCGGCCUCCUCCAACCUGAGCCACCUGGAGGAGGACACGUGGAUCCUGUGGGGCCGGAUUGCCAACGAGUGGGACGAGUGGCGGCGCAGGAAAGAGAAACUGCUCAAGGAGCUGAUCCGCAAGGGCAUCCCGCACCACUUCCGGGCCAUCGUGUGGCAGCUCCUGUGCAGUGCCACGGACAUGCCAGUCAAGAACCAGUACUCGGAGCUGCUCAAGAUGUCCUCGCCGUGCGAGAAGCUGAUCCGCAGGGACAUCGCCCGCACCUACCCAGAGCACGAGUUCUUCAAGGGCCAAGACAGCCUGGGCCAGGAGGUCCUCUUCAACGUCAUGAAGGCGUACUCCCUGGUGGACCGGGAGGUGGGCUACUGCCAGGGCAGCGCCUUCAUCGUGGGCCUGCUCCUCAUGCAGAUGCCCGAGGAGGAGGCCUUCUGCGUGUUUGUGCGGCUCAUGCAGGAGUACCGCCUGCGGGAGCUCUUCAAGCCCAGCAUGGCCGAGCUGGGGCUCUGCAUCUACCAGUUCGAGUACAUGCUGCAGGAGCAGCUCCCGGACCUGAAUGCCCACUUCCGCUCCCAGAGCUUCCACACUUCCAUGUACGCCUCAUCCUGGUUCCUCACGCUCUUCUUGACCACCUUCCCACUGCCUGUCGCCACGCGCGUCUUCGACAUCUUCAUGUAUGAGGGCCUGGAGAUCGUGUUCCGGGUGGGCGUGGCCCUGCUGCAGGUGAACCAGAUGGAGCUGAUGCAGCUGGACAUGGAGGCCAUGUCCCAGUACUUCCAGCGGGUGAUCCCCCAUCAGUUCGACAGCUGCCCAGACAAGCUGAUCCUCAAGGCAUACCAGGUCAAGUACAACCCCAAGAAGAUGAAGAGGCUGGAGAAGGAGUACGCAGCCAUGAAGAGCAAAGAGAUGGAGGAACAGAUCGAGAUCAAAAGGCUUCGAACCGAGAACCGGCUCCUGAAACAGCGGAUUGAGACCCUGGAGAAGGAGAGCGCUGCUCUGGCUGAUAGGUUAAUCCAGGGGCAGGUGACACGGGCGCAGGAGGCCGAGGAGAACUACGUCAUCAAGCGGGAGCUGGCGGUGGUGCGGCAGCAGUGCAGCUCGGCGGCCGAGGACCUGCAGAAGGCGCAGAGCACCAUCCGCCAGCUGCAGGAGCAGCAGGUACCAGGCCAGGAUAACCCGCGCCUCACCGAGGACUUCGUGGCCCACCUGGAGACCGAGCUGGAGCAGUCGCGGCUGCGGGAGACGGAGACGCUGGGGGCCCUGCGGGAGAUGCAGGACAAGGUUCUAGACAUGGAGAAGAGGAACAGCUCGCUGCCCGACGAGAACAACGUGGCGCGGCUGCAGGAGGAGCUGAAGGCGCUCAAGGUGCGGGAGGGCGAGGCCGUGGCCUCGGCGCGGGAGCUGAAGCUGCAGCUGCAGGAGCUCUCGGACACCUGGCAGGCCCACCUGUCCCGCGGCGGCCGCUGGAAGGAGUCCCCGCGGAAGCUGGUCCUGGGCGAGCUGCAGGACGAGCUGAUGAGCGUGCGUCUGCGCGAGGCGCAGGCCCUGGCCGAGGGCCGCGAGCUGCGGCAGCGCGUGGUGGAACUCGAGACGCAGGACCACAUCCACCGCAACCUGCUGAACCGCGUGGAGGCGGAGCGCGCGGCGCUGCAGGAGAAGCUGCAGUACCUGGCUGCGCAGAACAAGGGGCUGCAGACGCAGCUCAGCGAAAGCCGCCGCAAGCAGGCCGAGGCCGAGUGCAAGAGCAAGGAGGAGGUGAUGGCCGUGCGCCUGCGGGAGGCGGACAGCAUGGCGGCGGUGGCCGAGAUGCGGCAGCGCAUCGCCGAGCUGGAGAUCCAGAGGGAGGAGGGCCGCAUCCAGGGCCAGCUGAACCACUCGGACUCGUCGCAGUACAUCCGCGAGCUCAAGGACCAGAUCGAGGAGCUGAAGGCCGAGGUGCGGCUGCUGAAGGGCCCGCCGCCCUUCGAGGACCCGCUGGCCUUCGACGGGCUCGGCCUGGCGCGGCACCUGGAUGAGGACUCGCUGCCCUCGUCCGACGAGGAGCUGCUCGGCGUGGGCGUGGGCGCCGCGCUGCAGGACUCGCUCUACCCGCUGUCGCCGCGCGACGCGCGCUUCUUCCGCCGUCUCGAGCGGCCGGCCAAGGACAGCGAGGGCAGCUCGGACAGCGACGCCGACGAGCUGGCCGCGCCCUACAGCCAGGGCCUGGACAACUGAGUCCGUGCCCACGCGCCCGGAGGCAGGGGGCCGCCGCCCG